UCGGUGGAAAUCAAUGAGCAGGAAAAUUUCUUUUGCGAAAUUAUAGGGGAAGCCUUGGGAGACUCAGAUACGCGAGGAACCCAAGAAUGCGAAAUAGAACCACAGCGUAUUUCCAAGCAAAGAAAAAAAAAUUGCGAUCAAAGCAAAAAAGAUUGGCGUUUUUUGAAAAACAAGUACAACGUCAAUCGGAACAUUUUGAGGCCAUGGAAGCAAAUGCUAAAGAAAUAAAAGAUAGUCUUAGACAAAUUGAAAGCAACACAACGAAGUCUUACAGACUUCAAAACGAAAGACUGACUUUAGAAAAA